UCCAAAUCGCGUGGCGAGGAGGCCCCGCUGCCCGACUGACCGUCCUCGGCGCCUCUUAUACCUUUACUCCGGUCUGCGCGUUCUUCAGGGAACGUACGUGCCCGUUUCACGUUCCACUCGAGAGAGCGCGAUACAUAUAUACCCCCCUUUUAUAGAAUACGUAUACACAAACGGCCAACAAACCGACGUUGUCGACCCAAUUUUGUCAGUGGUGCAUCGCGAUAUCUCAAGGAGGUAGCUGAGCCGAACUUGAGGGCUCGUUCACCAGUAGCCGUCGCAGUUCCUUCGAGAUCGUUCACCGUUCGUUUGCACGAUCGUUUACCUCAGCAUACGAUCGACGGUUCGGGCAAGACAAGUGAUAUGGCACAACUGAUCAGCGUCAAGCUGUCCAGGUUCGACGGGUCCCCCUGGGGCUUCCGUCUGCAAGGCGGCAAGGAUUUCGGCACGCCGCUUAUCGUGCAAAAGGUUAAUAGUGGUUCCCCGGCGGAAGCUGCCGGUCUUAAAGCUGGCGAUGCGGUUAUCAAAGUCAACACCACCGACAUGUAUAAUUUGAGGCACAAGGACGCGCAGGAUGUCAUAGUCAAGGCCGGAAAUAAUUUCGAAAUAACUGUCCAAAGAGGCGGCAGCACCUGGAAACCGCAUGUGACACCCACAACCGCAAAUCUACCGUCUCCGGUGCACACCGCGUCCACGGGUAAUAUCACGCCAGUAACAAAGACCUCUUUGGCGGCGAAAAAACAGGACGGACCCCUCAUUGGCACCGGACACAAUUUCAGCCCUAAGCCAUUCCUGAACGGCACCAGCGACGGUCAAAUUAAAUCCAUCGUGAACAAACAGUACAACAGCCCCGUGGGGAUCUACAGCGAGGAGACAAUCGCGGAGACACUGUCCGCUCAAGCGGAGGUCCUUGCCGGAGGUGUCCUUGGGGUGAAUUUUAAAAAGAAUGAGAAGAACUAUAAUGCUGAGAACAGCGAGGUUUUCAAAAUGGUCCAAGAAGCGGAUAAAGAACCAAGGACUCCAGAACCCGUUCCUUCAAGGACAGAGUAUUACUCUUCGGUGAGCCACGCGGUUGGCGGGAGGGCCACUUCACCGAGAUCACCUACGCCUCUGUUUCAUGCUAUGGGCGGUAGCGGUAGCGCACCUGCCGAUAGCAGGCACUUUGUAUGGAUGGACGAAUCGUACGGGAGGAAUCGAGAAGCGCAACCGCAAAAGCAGGAAUCUUCCGCCGGGUCGGACUCAUCGACGCCGGGCGCGGUCGUUUGUAACAACUGCGACCGAGUGAUCGUGGGUGUCUUCGUCAGAAUCAAGGAAAAGAACCUCCACGUGGAAUGUUUCAAGUGCUCGACCUGCGGCACAUCCUUGAAGAAUGUCGGUUAUUACAAUAUCAACAAUAAAUUAUACUGCGAUAUUCACGCAAAACUCGUCGCCAGGCAAAAUGCUCCGGCUGGUCUUGUACCUAUUACUAUACCACCAGGUGGCAAAGCACCAGCUAGUACCAUUAGCGCGGCAUUGGCGAGUGCACCUUUAUCGCCACCCCUCAGCAAUCACGGAUCGUCGCCUCAGCCAUUCUCCGCGUGCAAUCGUACGAGCCCCGAUUCCGGAUCCCAGCAUACGUGGCGCUUGACUUCGAAUACGAACGGAUGCAUCAGGAAUGGCGUGUGCAACGGCGAGUCGAAAACGUUCACGAGUACGAUCACCAUCCAAACAAGUGGCGCAGAGCCCACCACCCGCCUUGGCACCCCGCCUGUCGACUCACCGAGCUUACGAUCAGUCCAGGCACCAACGAGCAAUAGUCUCAUUGGUCCUAAGCCCUUUGGUGGAUCGAGUGGCUUCUCAUCGAAUCUAUCUCCGACUCCAACCUUAAAUUCCGGAAGCAAUACCCUGCCACGUCCUCAAAGCCAGACUGUGACAGGUCGGUACUCUACCCUGCCAAAGCCAAAAAGUUCGCCUUUCAGAGGUACCGGAAUCGGUGGCCUCGGUGCGAGUUCCAAGAGCGGAUCAUUCGCCGGUAGCAGUGCACCCAAACGUGGACGAGGUAUCCUGAAUCAAGCUGUUGGAGCGGGAUCGCGUAUACCUAUGUGCGCUCACUGCAACUCAUACGUCAGAGGGCCUUUUAUCACUGCUUUGGGCCAAAUCUGGUGUCCCGAUCAUUUCGUUUGCGUUAAUGCCCAAUGCCGUCGUCCUCUUCAAGACAUCGGCUUCGUCGAGGAAAAAGGACAACUUUAUUGCGAGUACUGUUUCGAAAGAUUCAUUGCGCCUACAUGCAACAAGUGCAACAACAAGAUCAAGGGCGAUUGUUUGAAUGCAAUUGGAAAGCACUUCCACCCUGAAUGCUUCAAUUGCGCUUAUUGUGGCAAACUCUUUGGUAAUAGUCCGUUCUUCCUAGAGGAAGGAUUGCCAUAUUGCGAAGCUGACUGGAACGAGUUGUUCACCACGAAAUGCUUCGCAUGCGGAUUCCCAGUCGAGGCUGGCGACCGUUGGGUGGAAGCCCUAAACAACAACUAUCACAGCCAGUGCUUUAAUUGCACCAUGUGCAAGAAGAAUCUCGAGGGUCAAAGCUUCUACGCGAAAGGCGGUCGUCCGUUCUGCAAAAAUCACGCGCGUUAAAUCAUCCGUUUUCUGACCAUCGCAUGCAAUCGAUGGAAUGACAGGAGGGAAAAAUUGAAAGAGUCAAGAAAUGGAGAGAAAAUUCAAAGAAGAGAGAAGCGUACAGUGUUAAUGCAUCAAUUAUUUUAUCGUGAUUAUUCUUUCUUUUUUCUGUACCGGUCUUCGACCGAGAUCACUUGACUAACCCUUUGUCAAAUCCGCGAGCGAUCAUUCGUGUAAAUACAAAAAUACGGAAUCAAUUAGGGUGAUUUUGACAAAGAAACUUUAUCGUUGAAAAUAAUAAAUAUUAAUAUCGGUAAGAGAGAGUGAUGACUAUUUAUAGAAUAGAUACAUCAUCAAGUGUGUGUGAUAUCUAAAAAAUAAGAUAUGUAAAAAUAUGAUAAAAAUAAAAUUUUAAGACAUAACGACUGUUACUAAUAUUAAUAAACGACAUAUAAAUAUUGUAUUUUUUCCAGUGUCACCAAUCACCCUGAUUAAUUCUUUACAGCGCACAUUUUCACGAGAUACGCGAGUAAUGUCGCGUGUCGUUUGGCUACGCGGAAGAAAUAUAUUAAUUAUUAUUUAUUAUUUAGCUUAAUUAAGAACGGCGCAUGAGACCAUUGAUCAUCACAACGUUAUAAUGAGUUCAACGGGGAUACAGGUCUUCGUUUCUAAUCUAUGAAAUUUAUUAAUUUAUUAAUGUUUUAUUUACAAGCACUAAACAUAUAGUCAAAAGAAACUAUGUUCCUUUCUAAUCAAAUAUUCCUUAAAAAGGGCGCUCGUUUUAUCACGAUUUUAUACGUCGCAUAGUUUGGACUAAAAAUUUAUUCGUGCUCUUUAGAAUUAAAUCAUCUGGCGUCUAUCACGAGAUGCAGUCUUCUAUUUGACGAUAUUUCGACAAUUCCAUUUACGAAUUUUCGGCCACGGUAGUCAUAUCGAUCACGAUAGUGCGUCGCGACGUCGACGCCGACCGCGAACGGGCGACGCGACGUAUUGAAUUACGUCGGGGUCGUUUAAUGACGUAUCCUUGCACUUUGCGGUUAAUAACGGAAGGUCUAACCGCAAUUUUAGCGGAAUACCUCGUAAAAUCGUUCGCGGCAGGAAACACUAGGACGAUACAACACAUAACGAACGAGCCGCCGACAGAGUCGUCUCGAUCACGGAUCACGCAAAGGUCAUCCGAACAAUUAGUAUUACGUGAGCAUAAUUUCGUAUUUCCAAGGUGCAUCCGGAUGCAGCGAGCGAUAGCAAAUGUUUCGGAUGGCGAAUGGCGAAUUCCUCCUUUGCUUGAUGAUCGACGGCGGCGGUGCAUCGUAACAAAAGGACGAGAGAAAGAAGGAGAAUGCGAUCGAGAGAGAAUAGAUGAAUGCAAGUGUAAAAAUCAGAGAAAGAUUGAACGUAUGAAUGAAUAAAUGCAUCGAUCACAUAAAGACAGAAAAUGGUUACAUAAUUUCUGAAUAGUCGAAAUCGCGUGCAAAUGCAUUAGAUUUUAAAUACAAAUAAUUCUGAGAUAUAAGAUUAAUGAUAAUAAUAAAACGGACUCAAUUUUACUUUACUCACACUUCUAUGUCUCUUUCUUUUUUAUGAAAUUUAGUUCUUUAUUUUAUUCUUAUUAUUACAAGAAAUGUAUUUUUAAGACAAUCCAAUAAACAUCAAGGUAAUUACAAGUGCAAUUUUUGAAAAUCAAAUAAUAUAUUAAAUAAUAUUAUUAAUUAUCCUUAAUAAUGAAGGAAUUAAUAUAGCUCAAAUUAUUAUUAACAGAUAAAAAAUCGAACUAUUAUUUUUAAAAUAAUAGUAACAAGCUGUUCUUAAUUUAAAGAUGAAAGAAAUGUCCAUGAAAGAAGUAGCGAGUAAUAUCUAUUAAUUUAUGACAGAGUCAGUCCGACAUAUUUUGUGUAUAUAAGUCAUUAAGAAGUAUUUGCCGAAGAUACUUAAUAGCUUUACUAAAUCGACGACGAGCAGAUAUAUAUUCUUAGUACAUGCAAACUUCAUCGUAAGUCAUCCGCCGUACCCUAGAAUCAACCGAUUAAAGCCGAGGCUGAUAACAGGUUCAACAUGCAUCCCAGCUUUCAUUUAAUCAGCUGAUCGAUUCACAAGUUAGAAAAACGAAAGACUAAAAUUCGCACGGUAGGAACGACCUGCUGACGAUUCUCAACUCUUUAAACUUCUAACUACUGUAAUCUCUAUAUCAGUUUUUUUUGAAAAAGAAUUCUUCCUCUGUGUCAUUAAAACUCUUUCAAUAAUGAAUCCAUGUCUUUAAAUUUUUGAAAACAUACAUCUAAUUCUAAAUCAUAAAAUAAUUAUAGAGAAAGAGAGAGAAUUUUCAUAGUAUCUAAAUCUUUUACAUUUAAGUUUAUGAUUUCUUUAGUGUGUGGAGGCGAUAGUAAUUAAAUUUCUAUAUUUAAUUUGAGAUAUAAUAAAAAAUCAACAAAAUAGACAUUUGAAAUAUUUUCUAAAAUACGUGAGAAUAUGUGAAGAUAAAACGGCUCCAUUUUACAAAAUAAGAAAUUCUAACAGGACAAAUAUUAUUACAAAUGUAAUAAUACAUUAGAUUUUCUGUGCUAUCUGUGUGAACUUCUGUUAACGUAAUUGUUUGUGAAUAAGAAUGAAUGAGAGAAAAAGGAAAAAAGGUAGACAUGUGAGAGAGACUUUGACAGAAAACUCGUUUGUCUGUGGAAGAUAAUAUAUACUGUACUGUAAUCCUGUAAUUAUAUAGUAUGUAAGUGUUUUAAUGCGUUUGUAAUGAUUCCGAAGAAAAGAAGGGAAAAACACUGUGUGCAAGAAACUUAACUUUACUUGCUCGAGUAAUUCUCGAUGACGAAUAAUCAAACGAUCACCGCCGCUCGAUCAUCAAAAAUCGUACAACGGUGCGGACCACAAAAUCUCAACUUUUGCUUGGCUGACUGUCGGCUGAGUAUCGCACAAGCCUCUAUAUGCGUGUUACGUGUUGCUUAUAAUAAAAUAAAAAGAAAUGUUCACUUUA